CUCUCCCCUUCUGCCUCCUGGCUGCAUCUGUGCGCUGCCGGGAUGUAUAGAAUUGGCCUCUUCGGCCACGCGGGGACGCUCACGGGAGCUCCACCAAGCCGAAUAUGCGUCUGAUGAAAGCAUGAGGCCCCAGACAGCGAAGCGAAGCAAACAAUACGAUGCAACUAUGAUACAUGAACUGCCUGCGCCUACUCCUUGAACUGCCCCUUCAGGACAAGCGCCGCGCGCUCUGCCAUGAGGCCAGGUGCUGCGCAGUGCAGUGAGGGGCAAUCUUCGAGUUAAAUUCGCCAGUGAUGUACCGUCUCCGCGCGACCGCGCGCGCCAGGAUGACAGCAGCUGCUGCACUGAGCCUGGCGGGGCUCUCGAAUUCUGGGUGCUUUGCGGUGGCAGGCGAGUGGGGCAACGCUCCAACAAGCCGGAGGACCAAUCCAUGAGCUUCCAGAAGGGCGCAGGUUUUUUGCAGUGGCAGGCGAGCGGGGCGAUGCCCCGGCAAGCCGAAGGACCAACCGAUACCUACACAACAAAAAACAUCGGUCAAAAACUGGAGCCCGUCCCAAGACAGACCAUCGCGCGCUCGGUCGCGCAGCCACGCGGCUCUCCUUGGGAGCCACGGCCGUGCCGGGCUGCGAGGUGAAGCACGUGCGCACGGACGGCACAUACAACGCACACGGCAAGCUCGUUCCUCGUGCCGCGGAUAGGGAUGAGGCCGACGACGGCAACUGCUGGCGAGAGGGGCCCAGUGGCAGACGGAAGCCCUAGGCGGGCCAGGGCCCGAGCCGCUGGCCCUGCCGCGGCAGCGAAGGCUGGGGGAGAGGCCCCGACCGCCUCGGCCAGCGCCGGAGACAGGCGGCGCCGAGGCAGCGCCGUCAGCUGGGCAGGCCCCGGACCAGCUCCUCGAGCGCCUGCCGGCCCCGCUCGCCUGGGGUCGCCGAUCCUGGAACGCCCGCUCCGGGCCCCCCGCGCCGUGGACCUCCUGCGCCUCGCCCGGCUGCCCCCGCACGCUCCGCGGCACGCUCCGCGGCUCGGCGCGCCCCGCCGCGCCCUCCGCGCCGUCGGCCUCGCCCCCCUCGAGCAGGUACACGGCAGCGAUAUGUCGCCCGCGACGUCUCCCUCCUCCUGCUUCGCGGCCCGGCGCAAGGACGGGUUCCUGGAGUCCUCGAACCAUUCCCGCCUCAGCUGCGCCAGGCUCGCGCCGCGCCGCCACGCCGCGGGCGGCCCUGCGGCCACGGACGCGCCCGCCGCCAGCAGGCCGGCGAGCAGCAAGGCCACCAAGGCCGCGAGCGGCGGCCACCGGCUCGGGGGGCGGGCCGCCGGGCUCCCUCCUUGGGAGGGGGGAGGGGACCAUGGCCAAAACUCCGAGCAGGGGAUCGACGGCAGUACCGAGCAGCCCCCAAGUCUGCUUUUCUGCGUCGGUUCUACGAGCAGCAUGGAGAGUGAACUAGUUUUCGUAGGUCUACGAACACUCUACUCGAUAUCAAAACCGAAGACUCCCUGAGACCCGCGCGUUGCAUUCUUUUCACACUGGGCGCUUUCGCCGGGUGUCGGGCCCUGGGACCAUCACAGGUCGAUUCGGCCCGCGAUGUUGCACUUUGUCCGCAACGUCGGAUCUCGAGGCUGUGCGCGGAAGCGUCGGUGCCGAUCUUGGUCAGUGACCAUCGUGUCCCCGCCGAUUCGUCGGCGACGGCUGGCAUGGACCGACCAAGGUCGGCGUCGAAAAAGAUCCCGCGACAUCUUGGUCAUGGUCAGCGUGUUUCUUCCCUCGAUUCCUGGCGUCUGGGCGUCGGAGAGGAGGACGCCGGCCUCGUUCCCAAAUCUCCGACGAUAUGAUCUUGUCGAUCCGGGCGCUUUUUCCCCGAUUCUGGCCCCCCGGGCCGUCGAAAACAGUUCCGGGGCGACAACCAAGCCCCAGGGAGGGGGGGCAGGAGCUCGGACCAGGAGUUGAAAAAUCACAUCGACGGAUGUCUGGGUCUUUCCAGGUUGCAACUGAUGAAAGGCCCUUGCGGCAAUGUUUUUUUGAAGGCUGCCACAAGCCGACAACGGGCUGGAAUGAAACGGAGUAGGCCCAAGACUGAGCCGGGUUCUCAGCGUGGGAUCGAACCGUAUCAGGCAGAAUGAAGCCGCAUUGCUUAAGCGGCACUAGGCCAGGUCAGGACGAACCUGAUGAAGAAAGAACAACACACACACACACCCAUACCCAUAGGUGGGUCCGAAGGAGGAGAACUGGCUGUGGGUACGUAUGGGUGCGGGUUGUCGAACCCCUGGGGAGGCUCCCGUUCGAGCGGGGACCGCCAUCUGACAACACGCAUCCAUAGCCUCCUCCGUCCCCCCUACGGGUAUGGGUGUGUAUUUGUCGUCACCUGAACUACGGAUAUCGCAGCGCUGAUGCCGAAUCGUGGGUCUUUCGAUCGAUGCCGCAGGCACGCGAUGUCUCGUUUUUUUCCAUGCGAGGUCCCAGGAAGUGCUGACCCCUCCC